GUUCCCAGUUCCAGUUACCAGAGCGAUAUCAACAGAGAAUCAACAGGGAGAGGAUGAAGCGGCGCAAUGCGGACUGCAGCAAACUCCGACGGCCGUUAAAACGGAACCGAAUCACCGAGGGUAUAUAUAGCAGCACGUUCCUGUACCUGAAGUUCCUGGUGGUGUGGGUCUUAGUUCUGCUGGCUGAUUUUGUGCUGGAGUUCAGGUUCGAGUACCUGUGGCCUUUCUGGCUUUUCAUCCGAAGCGUCUACGACUCCUUCAGAUAUCAGGGUCUGGCGUUCUCUGUUUUCUUCGUUUGUGUGGCGUUUACAUCGGACAUCAUAUGCCUCCUCUUCAUCCCCGUCCAGUGGUUGUUUUUUGCAGCCAGCACCUACGUAUGGGUCCAGUAUGUCUGGCACACAGAGAGAGGAGUCUGUCUACCCACUGUUUCACUGUGGAUCCUGUUUGUGUACAUCGAAGCUGCCAUACGGUUCAAAGAUCUGAAGAAUUUUCAUGUAGAUCUCUGUCGACCCUUUGCUGCUCACUGUAUCGGCUAUCCCGUGGUGACCCUGGGCUUCGGCUUCAAGAGCUACGUGAGCUAUAAGAUGCGACUGAGGAAACAGAAGGAGGUGCAGAAGGAGAACGAGUUCUACAUGCAGCUCCUACAGCAGGCGUUGCCGCCGGAGCAACAGAUGCUGCAGAGACAAGAACGAGAAGCAGAGGAAGCUGCCUUAGCAAAGGGGAUCUCUGAGGCAGAACCCACAGUUUCCCAAAACGGAGCACCACCUGGGAAGAAAAGCUCCUCGGUCACAUUACCGGAGCUGGAAUAUCGUGAAAAGGGGAAGGACAGUAUGGCAAAAGAGCGAGAGGGCAAAAAACACAACACGGUGGGGAUCAAUAACAACAGUAUUAUACAUGCACUGGACUCCAAACUACAGGAGACAGAAUUUAUCGAGAACUACAUGGGGACAAAGAGACUGAAUAAUGACCUGGCAGGGGAGAACACACUCGCCGACGGGAACGCACACGUGACUGCUAAAGAGGAAACGGGGGGAUCAGGGAAGAACUACAAAAAUGUCAGCGGGGGCAGCAACUUGUCCCCACGGAACCACAGCUCUACAAACGGCAGUCUUCCGUCGGGCUCCUCGGCCAACAAGAACGAGAAGAAACAGAAGGGGGCGGGGAAGGGCCAGAAGGAUCCAGUGGAUAACUGUAUUCCUAAUAACCAGCUGGGAAAGCCGGACACUCUAGUCCGGUUGGAGCAGGAUGUGAAGCGCUUGAAGGCAGAUCUCCAGGCCAACAGACAGCUGGAGUCUGAGCUGCGCAGCCAGCUCUCCUCUCUGAGCAGCCAGGACCGCAGCCUUCGCUCCGAACUGGGCCAGCUGCGACAGGACAACGAGCUGCUGCAAAACAAGCUUCACAGUGCCGUCCAGGCCAAGCAGAAAGACAAGCAGACAAUAUCUCAGCUGGAAAAGAGGCUGAAGGUUGAGCAGGAGGCCCGAGCUCUGGCUGAGAAACAGCUGGCCGAGGAGAGAAAGAGGAAGAAGAUAGAAGAGGCCACUGCAGCCAGAGCUGUAGCUUUAGCAGCCGCCACCAGAGUGGAGUCCACUGAUUCUCUUCGAGGUCGUAUCAGAGAGCUGGAGACGGAAUGUAAGAAGCUCAGCAUGGACAUGAAGCUCAAGGAGGAGCAGAUAAGGGAUCUUGAGGGAAAGUGUCAGGAGCUGCGCAAGUAUAAAGAGAAUGAGAAGGACACAGAGGUCCUGAUGUCUGCACUAUCAGCCAUGCAGGAGAAGACCCAGCAUCUGGAGAACAGCCUCAGUGCUGAAACCAGGAUCAAACUGGACCUGUUUUCUGCACUGGGAGAUGCCAAGAGGCAGCUGGAGAUAGCACAAGGCCAGAUCCACCAGAGGGAGCAGGAGAUCAUGGAGCUGAAGCAGAAGAUAGCAGAGGUGAUGGCAGUGAUGCCCAGCCUGUCCUACUCGUCAGACGGCAGCAACCUGAGCCCAGUCACCCCGCACUACUCAUCCAAGUUCAUGGACAAUAGUCCCUCCUCCCUGGACCCCAACGCCUCAGUCUACCAGCCCCUGAAGAAGUGACUCUUUUUGUCAGACAGAACGUUUCCCUAUCCUUGUUUUGCCAUCUCUUCUAUUUUGGGUUACUUUAAAGUUUACCAGCCCCUUGACAAGAUUUUGCACUUAGCACACGCAGACACAUGAAGCUCCUCCAUUUUCUUCUGAAGGCUUUCUCUACGUUGUUCAGAGGAGGGGCGGUUUUAUUACAAGAACUCUUUAUUUUGAAGGGGUUGUGUACAAUUUGCUUGGUCUAAAGAUGAGCCAUCAUACAUUGCUUCAUGUCAGUUCUCUUUCCACAGUGACCUUUUUUCUUCACACCCUAGUAUUUAAUUGAACAAAGUAAAACUGAUUGGGUUUUAAUGAUGUUUAAAUGAGACGGUAGGCAUGUUUUUAGUUCAUUUAAUCUGAGGCUCCUGUAAAGCCCUGUGAGGGAUACAUGAAUGUAAAACUGUUCAUGUUUGGAUAUAUCUACGUUAACUUAAAUUGGUGAUUGUUUCGUAAUGUUUCUUUUCAGUUCGACAAUGUGCAUAUAUCUGAAACGGUGGCAUUGAGUUCUGUUCCUCAGAUAAAGUAUAGUCUCCUUAUACUGGAAUAUUGGGUUCUCCAGGAUAAUUAGUAAGUGGAAGAAUCGAUGUAGCUUUGCCCUUCAGAAGACCGCUGCUUGAUUAGGCCUGGCACUGCCAAAAGGAUACAUUAAGGCUCACUCACCUCGCCACGAACGCUGUUCCUUCUUUUUUUUCUGGACCAAAUUAGGCUACAUUAGGCCACAUCGCUCACUGGGUUCAAUGAUGUCAAGGUAACUGCUCGUUACCGUAAUUUGCAGACGUAACAGUGCCUUGCAGAAACCACUUGCUUUGCAAUCCUGGGAUACUAGAGCAUCUAGCCACACUUCUCUCUCUCUGACUCCGACAGGCCUAGUUUUUAUUUAAAUGAUAAACGAUUGCAGAACUUUUCAAGGCAGUAUUCAAAUGAGGAAAAACAACAAAAAUAUCUAACAUUUUAAAUGUGUGAUCAUUGCAGCUAGAUGACAGCGGUUUAACAGACUUAAAGGAAAGCGGAUGACGCUGGACGUGGCACAAGUCGCUUCAGACUUGAUAUGUUAAAUGCCAACCCAACCUGAUUGUCUCUUAUCAUGCCCUCAAGCUGGCAUCUUGUUUACAACAAUGUACAUUGAACUUAAUGGAGAAUGUUUCCUUUUUCUUAUAACAUUUCUGUUCUUAAUUGCCAAGUGUUGAUGUUCGGUUCCCAUCCGUACUUUGAUUGAUGUAGCUAGUAUAAUGUUCGCAGCAGCUUGCUGUUCUUUUUUUAUGUCAUUACAACAUAUUUGGAUGGUGUUGUGUUUACAUGGUUCUGGGCUGAUCACAGUGAAGCAGCAGAUGGUCAGUUGGUCACAUUGUGGUAAUUCACAACUUAUUUAUUUUAUUAUUUUUUUUUUUUUUACAGAUCUUUUGUUUUUAAUGAAAGGCGCUUGAUAUUUUGUCAUUCAGUUUUAUUUCCAGUAUUAUUGUUUUUUUAGACCAGGAAGUAAUCUGUGAAUAUGUUGUGUAAAAGGGAAAAGGUUUACCCCUGAACCAUUUGACCAUCCUGUGCUGUCAUGUCGCCUACCUUUUUAAAAGGGAGAAGAAAAAAAAAUGGUAUCAUUUGUGGAUUGCUCUUGCAUUGUAAUUUAAGUUCUCAAGUUGCUUUUACAAGUUUGUGUAGAAGGAAGUGAAAAGGUUUUUAAAAAAAAAGUGCUUUGUUUUAUCUUUUUAUUGUUCUGCCAUGUUUUAUUUUAUUCACUCAAAGUGAUGGUGGCUGUGUCACACGGUUCACUUUGAGCCUCACCAUUAAAGAAAGUCUUGCUGGUGGCAUUGCAA